AUGGAUUCCUCUGGGGAGAGAAGAGCUGACUUAAGAGCCAAGGCAAAAGCUAUGGCAGAGAAGCCUCGGGUUCUGCUUGCUGCUUGUGGAAGUGUUUGUGCAGUAAAAUUUGGGAAUGUUUGUCGUAGUUUUGCAGAAUGGGCAGUGGUGAAGGUAGUUCUCACAAAAUCAGCUUUGCGUUUUAUUGAUGAACAAACACUUCCCCAGCAUGUAACUGUAUAUCGUGAUGAGAAAGAUUGGAGAACUUGGAAAAAGCUAGGUGAUCCUAUGCUUCACAUUGAGCUCUGUAAUUGGGCUGAAAUCAUGGUCAUUGCUCCAUUGUCAGCAAAUACUCUUAGCAAGAUUGCGGGAGGGUUGUGUGACGAUCUUCUGACAACGAUUGUGCGAGCAUGGGACUACAGGAAGCCACUUUUUGUUGCACCAUCCAUGAGCACUUGUAUAUGGAGAAACUCUUUCACAGAAGAGCAUUUAGGUGAAAUUGAUGGGCUUGGCAUCAUGCUCAUCCCACCUGUACCUUUACAACGUACAGCUAGUGGGGAACUUGAGCAUGCAAUGGCUGAUCCUUCUAUCAUAUGCUCAGAUGUGAAAGCCUCUUAUAAUAAGCAAAAUAAAAAAAUGAAGCAGAAAGAGGGUAGUACUAGUACUAGUGGUCAGGAAGGAUCGAAGCUUAACAAGUCCAAGGAAGGAACAGAUUCAAAAUUCCGGGUACUACAAGAUGUUUUGACGUUUAAUCAUGCUAACAUGUUGCUCUGGAUACAUGAUUUGGGGAUUGCUGUAGGCUGGAAUUUCUAUUUCCUUGCAAUGUAA